AUGAUGCCUUCGUGGAGAGCAGUCUCCGGUCAUCUAUCACCGUAUCAAGUCUGUGACGAAGUCAGAUACGAGCCCCCAGCGCCGAGUUUCUCUCCAAGUCCUCCUACCGCUCACCUCACUCAAGACCUGAUUGGCGAGGUUGACAUCAUGCCUCCGCAAAGUCAUCAGCCCCCUCGAACUCGAGCGAUUGCGGACUCCGACGACGAAAGUCUCAGUGAUGUCAGCCGAGCGCUGGUGCGUGAUAACGACAAAGAGGAAUCAGAAGAACCAGACGCCGAGUCUAAUAUAAGUGAUCAGCAUCCGAAGCAACCGCUUACUGCUCGCCCCUCCCACGCUACCAGUGUCCGGAAUCAAAUCGAUUAUACGCCAGGUUCUCACCGCUCUAGAAGCACCUCUUUACGUGGUACAGGCAGACGUGCUCCAACUCCUCACAUCCUUUCUACCCCGAUUACCGAAUCUAGGUCCGCACCAGGACCUCGAGGUGGUGCUGGUUCGGUCCAACAGGGAUUUGAAAGUCCGACCCAACGAAGCGUCACUCUCAGCGCAGAGGGUAGUAGGCCACAAGAAGAGGCAGAGGAAUUUGAGACAAACGCAUUCACCACCUCGGACUUCCCAAUUCGCUCACUUCGCAAGCGCAACGUGCGGCAGACAAACCCUUUCAGAUUCGACAAGCAUCAGCAUAACCUCACCAACAAGACUGGUAGAGCUGUAGAUGCCGAAGACAUCGAAGAAGCGGUGCAGGAGGAUAUUCACAAGGCCCAGAGGCGAGUCUCAUCCACAAAAGAAGCGAGAACAUCUACUGGAAGCACAAAACGUAAAGCAAAGAGCUCCACAUCCAAGCAAAGCAAUAAACGACGUCGUUCAGAUUCAGUCACUUCUUCUGUCUCACAUGAAAAGGAUAACGAGGCCAUUGUGUUCAACCCAGCGAGUGUGACCUUGAAAGUCUGGCGCGAUGGUUUUCCUGCGGCUGCUGCUCCAACAACGCUUCAAGCUCGCGAUAACAUAGACAAGUUGUUCGACUUCAUGACCAAGUCGUGGGGUUGGAGUUUCAACAACGACUCUAUUCGCUACGCGAUCAUCUCUUUCCCAUGGCUGACAGAGAGCUCCAACAUCUUACUCCGGCCAGAACUGAAAGGAAGCUUCGACAAGAUGGUAGAUGAGGCCGAGAAAGCACCUGUCUGGCAGAAAGGAGAAGCUGAAGCAUCAUGCGAAAUCAAUAUCACGGUGUACCUGUAG